AUGGGCUCUGAUUCCGCAAUUUCAAUCGUUUCUAGUCCGCAAGAGUCCAAUGACUCUGAUCCUAUAAUUCCCAUGAAUUCAGAUCAUAGUCCUCCAGGUUUCAACAUAUCUGAUACUACACUUUCCGGGACCUCAGAUCUUGGAGCUCCAGGUUCCAACAGUUCUAAAACUGGACUUCCUAGGGUUCCGGAAAUUCUGUAUCCGGAUUCUAAUAAGUCUGAUACUACGCUUCCCCAGAUGCCGAGUCUUCGUCGUACGGAUUCCAAUAGGCCUGGUUUCACACUUCCCGGGUUCUCAAACCCUCUGCCCCCAAAUAAUUCUAGUACUCAACUUGAAAACUAUCCCUUUCCUUUGGUUCCCAAUAUCUUAAGACCUCCAGCCUCUUACAAAUUUGGCCCUAUAGUUGAGAGUUAUUCUGGUGUUACAGGUCAAAGAAAUCUUCGUCUCCCAAUACCAAAUGGAUGCACAUUCAAACCUGACCCGCUGCUUCACCCCAGACUGGUUUCCUCGCAACCAUGCCUUCCCUGCAAUCGUGAUCUUCCUUCUGGUGAAUCAUGCAAUAGAGUCCAGCCUUGCUUUGAAUGUGUCAAGUCAAACAAGUUCUGUUCUUUUCCAGAAAGUGCUUAUUUAACUGAACCAGAUCUCCUCUACAUUUCGGUGUAUCUACCUUAUUACCAAUCUUGGGAGUGCAGUAGAGAUCCAUCUAAUAGACAAAAGUUCUUAACGGCAGUCAGGCGCACAAAGACGAUGGCAGAACUUCUCAACGAUUUACGGUGUAAUCACCCUACAUCACCCUCUGUACCUGAGCACGAAUUGACGGACUAA